AUGUCAAGCACGAUUAAAAUUACACGUGCACCCGACAUCGUUUAUGAUAUCCUGUACAGUAUUCUUAAUUCGCUGGAUAAAAAUGCCGCUAGAAAGCAAGUCCUUAAUUUAAAUAAUCUUGUCAAGCUAAUUCGAUCCAACGAUGAUGACGUAUUCUUAGGAUUUUCACUUGAAGAAAUUGUUCGAUGUGGUAGGAAAGCCCUACUUAGUUCCGUUAAAGAAGUCCGUGCUGCAACUAUUCGCGCUCUACGCUACCUUUUUAAAGAUCGCGAUGCAUUUAUCGUCUUUUAUAAGCUACAUAUCGAUCUAUUUUUGAUUAGAGCUUUAGAUUCCCCUUAUCCCAACGAAAUAGAACGCGUUCAAGUUCUGCGAUUUUUAAGAAAGAUUAUUCGAAUAUGUCCUGAUUUAUUUCCAAGAUCAUUAGUAUCGUGUCUAGUUGCCAUUGGUGACGAUGAAUAUAGCCAAACCCGUGAUCGAUUUUCGUAUGCGUGUUUAGCUACUUUAUGUGAACUAGCUGUAUCUAACGCUGAAAUUGUUGCACUAGUUGGUGGAAUCAAUACAAUAAUUAGAAACAUUUUAGAUUGUCAAAUGCAUCGUAUUAAUGAAGCAAUGAUGAUGACCAUUCUUUACUUAUUCGAUCAUCCCAUGACUCGAAAGUACAUGCGGCCGCAAUUAGACUUAGAGGCUAUUGUUGCUCCUUUUACUGAUUUGCAAUAUCGAUAUAGUGCAGAUAUCCCUGAUUUUGAGCUAAAAGAUGAUCAUCAAUUUAGAUUGACAACUAGUAAAUUAGCAAUAACCACGAUAUUUAAAACGUGGGAAGGCAUUAUUUGCAUGUGCAAGGCCGAUGGGAGUGGAUUUAGAUCACUUUUAGGAGCCUUUUGCCUGCCAAAUAGUGAAAUUAGGAAAGCUACGAUGGAUAUUUUAUACGAUGUCUUUCGACUUAGAGUACCUGAAUGGACAAAUAAUUUUUCUGAUGCCUUACGUAAUGCAACUUGCACAUAUAUCCAAGAUGGUUGGAAAUUAAGUGAAGGCUGGGUUGCUGAGGAAGCUCUUCAGUUGCUACCCCCUAAGACUACCAGGAUGAAUUUAGUUGAUAACUACUUAGCUGUUGUAUUAUCAGCUUUUUCAAUGUCCGGAUUAUUUGAGAGCUUAGUUGAUGUCGUUACAUCGGAGGAUGAAUUCAUAGCUGUACGAGCCACUAUUCUUUUGGGUGAACUUUUGCAUAUGGCUAAUACAAUUAUACCUGUUGCGUGCGGAAGUAAUUCUCAUUCUCUUCCACAACUUAUUGCGCUUACCACAUCUCUGGACUCAUCGCCAAGUCAACGAAGCCGUGCAUAUGCUGCUAUCCGAUGCCUCGAUACUUUACAUCAAUUGAAAAAAAGGAAAGUUACUUGUUUUAACGAAUAUUUGGCUCUUUUACUUCGACAGUGUAACUAUGAACACUACCAGCAACAGUAUACUCUAGGGAAAGAUGCCAUUGGUAUUAGCUCGAAUAGUAAGGAUAUUGACGAUGCUAUCAAUCAAGUUGUUAAAGAUUCAAAGAUACUUAGUUCGAAAAUUAUUACACUAUGGGAUUGGGAGACUAUUAGAGGACUACUACAGUCAACGAAAGUGUCCUACAAGAAUUUGGAAGAUACUUCCAAUACUAAAUUCCUUCGUCGUUUGAUGUCGUUUUAUCUUCCGAGUAAGCAGCAGUUUGCUGAAAUUGGUUUAACUUCUGAACAGGCCCAGCUCUAUACGCAAGUCGGAUGCCUUUUAGUAAAGUUCUUACUUAGUUCCAAUGAGGCCGACGCAUUAAAGUUAUUGCAAGAGUUAAUUCAAGAAAUAGUUAAUGCUCUCAAUGAAGUAAUAUCCCCCGCUGGUCAAGGAACAUACAAUACAUUCUUAUCAGAACGACUUACAGAAACUCUGAGUCAGUAUUAUUUCUUACUUAUUGGUGAGGUUUCUAGUUCUGCUACCGGGAUUCAAAUUUUAGAAAAGACUGGAGCGUUUGACAGUUUUAUCAGCCUAUGUUCAAGUAAAAGUCAUCCAGAACAUGUCAAACUACUAUUAUCCGGUUUAGAUUAUAAUAUCCCUGGUCCUUCACGAGUGGUGCUGUCUAAAGCGCUUACAGCUAACGAUGAGCACAUCCGAAUGUAUGGCACAAAGUACCUAAGAGCAUUACUUAGAGCUGGCGUUUCUAAUUUUAGCAAAUGGGGAUUAGAGUUAUUAGUUACUCAGCUAUAUGACACAAACGAAGAGAUUGCUGCUUGCGCUUUAGAAAUUACAACGGAAGCUUGUGAAGAUAAGACUUGCUUGGAAUCUAUCGUAAAACUACAACCAGCAUUAUUAUGUUUAGGACAUAGUGGUUAUUGCCUAAUGCUAAGGUUUUGUUCAAUUGAGAGUGGAUUUACUUAUCUUCAAAACAUGGGUUUCUUGACCAAGGCAAUAGAAGAAUGGAUUCAGCAUUCGAACCUUGAAUAUGUAAAACUCGUGGAGAGAUCACUUGCUGAGGCCUUAACAACGUUUGAGAAAGAUUCAGAGAUCGGUAUCUACGUUAGAAGGCAAACCAAACCGAAAGAUCCCUUAAAAGCUUUUGUGCCAGUGCAUGUAUUUGGAGAAUUAGCACAACUUAAGAACGGUUGCAAAUUAAUUAUUGAUGGAGAUUAUGCGCAAAUGUAUUCAAGAACUGUUUGGAGUCGAAGAUUUAACUCUUCGUUAGAAAUUUUGCAAACAAAAGCUGCCCUUUGGGCUCUAGGGCAUAUAGGAUCAUCAGUCUUGGGUUUAGCAAUUUUAAUGAAAAUUGGAAUAAUUCCGGACAUAGUAAGAUUGGCUGAGGAAUGCGAGGUUUUCUCAAUUCGUGGAACAAGCUUUUAUGUACUCGGUUUGAUUGCUAAAACCCGCUCUGGAGCAAACUUUCUUUCCAGUCUUGGAUGGGAAAGCGUUCGUCAUGGAGGAAAUGUUCAAUGGCCAGUGCUUGACGAAUACGACUACGUAGUUUCAGAUCCUGUCAGUGUAUCAACAGAUCUUUUGAGAGGCCGUUCAAUUACUGCAUCAGAUAACGUAAAGGAGACUUUAAAAAUGAGAGGGAUUGGAAUUAGUACGUUGCCUUCACUAGUUAUCCGCACUUUUGGUACCAGAGGCGAAUCUUUCGAUGAUGAUGAUGUGUCCGUUACUAGUGAUAUAACUGAUUAUGUUGUCGAUGGCGAUACUGCUGCUGACAGGCAAGAAAGUCGCAGUAACUCUGUAGAAGAAGGUAUGCAAAGUGAUAAAGACGCAACUGGAGGUAAUCUGGAACUACCCGAAGGUCCAAUCAGGCCGAGGAAGUCCACAAUUUCUGGGUUGCAACGUAGAUCCCGUCACAGUGCUGCUAUGUUAACUCCUACAUUAAAUCAAAGUCAGAGCGCCACCAAUUUAUUCGAUACUGAAAAUAAGCAAGAUGUUAUUCGUAGAUCAAUGCGAAUUGAAAAUACUAAGCGAACAGUAUCAAUUAAGGAUGCCCAAGGUUAUAAAGCAUUAACAGAUCUUCGACGGCGUAGUAUGUUAGCUGGAUCUACUACAGAUAGCCAUCAUCUUUCAAGUUCUGGCUCUUUGGGGGUACUAUCAACUAAAUUUGGACUAAAUGAUGCGCAAGAAACGGGUAAGAAAUCUUCUCGACGACCAGCAGAGUUAACAGCGGAUGAUAGUAGUAAAAUUUCUUCUGGUACUGUGGAUUUUAUUGGACUGUCUUUACCAGUCGAAUUAAUUCGCGUUUUUCAAUAUAAAGAUCACGGUUACCAUGGUUCUUGGGCUAAAUCAUUUAAUCCAGCUGCCUAUGACACAGUUUUUGGUGACCGUAAGCAGCGAGCUUCAUCAAUGCCACGUCGAUCUGGAUCUGUAACAUCAUCUAAAGGAAAUAUUAAUGAUGGUUUUCCAGAAGUUCAUGAUCCCAAUGUGUGCUUUGGGUGUACUGGAGUUAAAUUUGCAAAUUUGAAGAAACGUCACUAUUCAGAAUCAGAUGUUUUCGAACAACCCGGUAGAAAAAUGACUAAUCAAUCCGAUUCAUCUCAGGAUGAUGCUGGAGCUAAUUACUCUAAUGACUUGCAUUUAUCGGUAACCUCCAGUGCUUCUGUUACAUCAGGUUCUGACCAAGAGCAAAAGAAAGAUAGCUUCAAUAUUAGUAGUUCUAGUGAUAGCUUCAGCGACGAUGCUGUGACAAAUAAGUUAGGCUUAAAAAGAUUAGAUGAUAGUACUACUACAGGACGGUCUCAGAUUAGGAAAGAGAUUCUUCGUUUAGUAACCUCUCUGAGUGGAGCUGUUGCUUCAAAAGCUAAUCAGCAAGGACUAAUGAUUUUGAAAGAAAACUUUGAGUCCGCGUUCAAAGAUAACUGUUUAUAUAGUCAAGUAAUCAACUUAAUGACGUUGUAUCACUAUCGCUUAUCGACAAGAAAGUUUAUACAAGGCCUCUUUAUCGAUUUAGAAUUGAAAUUGAUAAUUGAAGAUAAAAUUAACUUGACUGUUACUCAAUGUUGA